AACUGCAAUUGCAAUUGAGUGCGACAACCUUGUGCGACAGCUGAUCGUCACGCUCCAUGGCACAGAUGUGACUAGUGUGCAGCUCCUGUGAGCUUACGCGGGCCGAUUUCGUCAUAGCCGCGUUCCUGGGGAAAUUGACAUGGCCUUCCUGCGGGGAAGAAGCGCACGUUCGCUACCCUCGAGCGGCGACCCGCACUUUCCCCAGUACGAGCCCAUUAGCACCAUAAACCCGGAGGCUGGAGAAGUGAGAAUAUGCGGGAUGGAUCCUAGUCACAGGAUCGUGGAACGGUAAUUACGCCGGUAGCCUGUUCCUUUACUGUAGUAUAUAAUUACCCUCCGCCCUUCAACCCCGUACUCUUCUCCACACCACAUCACAUCACCUCCACUUCUCAACUCGAUCGAGCUUGGCAAGUCACGAUGCGGUUCUCAAGUGCACUCCCCUUCUUUGCUGCGACUGCCCUCGCGCAGUACAGCACCUCGCCGACCAACUCAAGCUCGUCCGGACCUGACAAGGACGGCAAGUACGAGAUCUCGUCUGAGGGCAUUCGCGGUCACUUCAUCCCAUACGGCGCGUCCAUCUCCAACUUGUUCGUCAUGGGCAAGGACGGUGUUGAGCGCGACAUCGUUCUCGGCUUCGACAACGCGACUGCUUACGAGGGCGAGGUUCACCCCCAUUUGGGUGGUGUGCCCGGUCGUUACGCUAAUCGCAUUCGGAACUCUACCUUUUCCAUCGAUGGCGAGCAGUUCUUCAUCGAGCCCAACGAGAACAACAACAACGACACCCUGCACGGUGGACCGGAUGGAUGGGACUACCGCAACUUCACUGUUGUGGCGCAUACCGAGGAUUCCAUCACCUUCUCGAUCGUCGAUCCCGACGGCAAGGAAGGCUUCCCUGGUGAGGUCGUGAGCUACGUUACCUACACCAUGACCCCAAACACAUGGAACAUCAAGAUCGUGGCGCUUGCUACCACCAAGAAGACGCCCAUCAUGUUGACUUCUCACACCUACUGGAACUUGGACGGAUUCGGUAACCCUGAGGAUGAGACUAUCUUCAACCACACUUUCCACAUCCCAUACUCUGGCCAGCGCAUGGAUGUAGACGCCAUUCUUAUCCCUACCGGUACCAUUCUUCCCAACGAGCAAUACUCUGUCAACGACUUCUGGUCUGCUCCCAAGCAAAUUGGUGCCAACCAGACUGCGCCCGAGCUUCUCGGUAACUGCGGUACCAACUGCACUGGUUACGACAACUGCUACCUUGUCAACCGCGACGAAGCCGAGGCUCUCGACUGGCGCAACUCUGGACCUGUCGCUUCUCUGUGGAGCGAGUGGUCCGGCAUCAAGCUCGACGUCUACUCUGACCAAGCUGCUUACCAGAUGUACAGCUGCCCCGGCCAAGAUGGUACUCUACCUAUCAAGUCUACUCAAGGUGCUGAGGGAAGCAGCGGCUACGUCCCCAAGUACGGCUGCGUUGUCAUGGAGGUUCAGGACUGGAUUGACGCCAUCAACCACCCCGAAUGGAGGCGCGAGAAGGAGCAGAUCUUCGGUCCCUCCAGCGGAGCUUACACGCUCGAGGCCCAGUACGUGUUCUCUACCACUGAGUAGAUUGCGUACUGCUGUGACGAAAGAGCGGAGCCUUGGAUAAGGCGAGAUGAUACCACGUGCGAUAGUAUAAUUAGACACCUUUUGAGGAUGUCGUAAUGGUAAUCGAGGUUAAUUCCUACUUCAC